AUGCCGUUGAAUACCAUGAUCAAAUCUCUUUUCUCUUCGCUCCACUCUUUUCGUGGUCGGCCCCAGGCAAUAUUGUCGCGCAGAACAAUACACGUCGCGGCAUGCAUCUUUCUGAUUGCGGUUGUUGCGAUUGCUUUAAAUCUUGGGUUUGGAGGCCCACGCAGCCUACGCGACGCUUCUACGAUCUAUCAGCAUGUGGUCGGCCAGAAGAAUGAGGUCGAUUAUUGGGAAUGGGAGACCAUAUCGCGCUUCCGCCCACAAAUGAAGAAGGGAGAUGGUGAGAAGCUGUCGCCUGAUCUCGAAUCACAAGAGGAUCCCCUCUGCGACACUUUCCCCGCCUAUAUCACGUCGCAAAUCCAGAUAACUUUGAAAAUCGGUUCCUCAGAGCCCGCAGACCGUGUCGAUUCCCAUAUUUCUACCGUCACCCGCUGCAUUCCCAAUCUGAUCGUCGUGUCCGAUCAUGAAUCGAAGCUCAAUGGUCACCAUGUACAUGAUGUGCUCGCCUCAUACCCUUCGUCUUUCUGGAACAACACCCGCGACUAUGAAGCGUACGAAGCACUGCGGCGGGGAGAUGACAAGCCAAUCGAUGGCUCCAAGGGCUGGAACCUCGACCGGUUCAAGUUCUUGCCCAUGGUAGAGCGAGCAUACGAAAUCAACCCGACCGCCCAGUGGUACGUCUUUCUCGAAACGGACACCUACAUGUUCUGGGAUAAUAUGUUCCGGCUUCUGGACCAAUAUGACUCGCGAACUCCACUGUACUUUGGCUCCCCGUCCCCUGGCAGACGGGACGACGGUAAGAAGACAUACUUUGCGUAUGGCGGAGCGGGCUUCGUACUUUCUGCGGGCGCAGUCGACAAAUUGCUCAAGAGGAGUGUUGGUUCUCUCGGGGAAUACACGCAGCCGUCCUUCUCCAUGCAGUUCGCCGAUCUGAUCAAGUCCGACUGCUGUGGCGAUUCCGUACUGGGUUGGGCGCUGUAUAAAAAAGGCGUGACUCUGUCCGGACUGUGGCCAAUGUUCAAUCCGCAUGCGCUCCACGGGAUUCCUUUCAAUGAUGCGCAUUGGUGUCAGCCAGUCAUCAGUCUGCACAAAACCCAGUUCGCGGAUAUGAAAGCGUUGAUCCAGUUUGAGAAUCAACGCGAUCGGACUACCCCUCUGCUCUACGCCGAUUUGAUGGAUCUCUUGAAGCUGGACACACUGACGGAAAAGACCGACUGGGACAAUGGUGACUGGGGUGGUUUCCAAGAACCUCCGGAGUCCCCUGCGCACACCUCACUCGCUGCCUGUCGGAAAGCAUGUCAUGACCACCAUGAGUGCUUGUCGUACACCUACAACUCCAGUAGGCAAUGCAUCUUUGUCCGAUCGAUGCGGCUUGGCUCGCAGAAGAUCAAUCCCCCGGAAUCGCAACUCUCCGCUGGCUGGGACGUCGAGAAUAUCAAGAAGUGGCGGAUGUCACACCAAUGCCCGAAGGCCUUGUGGGUGCAGCCGAGCUUGAAGCGCAUAUUCUGA